AUGACAUUGGACUGUGAUUUCCCAACAGUUAUUAUUGAGGGUGAUAAUAGUGCUAAAAGCGAUACUGUAGUCAACGAUGGAUCUACAACCGACCCACGUGGGGAUAAUGAUAGUAGCAACGAUAACAGGGAAAAAGCAUUCAAUGCUAAAGUUGAAGAUUAUAAAAAUGGUUUGUCAUUAUCAAUGAGAGAAAAAUCAACGAUAUCAUAUCGGUAUGCUAGUAGAAUUAUUAAUGCGUUAAAACAUGAAACAGCUAGAAAGAAAGUUGGAAUAGAUUGUAAAUUUCAUUCCUGGUGUCGCCAAAAAUUUUUUAAAAUUGAUAUUAGUUCUGGGGUCGAAAUGUUAUGUUCGGCUAAAAAUUGA